CGCCGGGCGAGGCCGAUGCGGCGGCGCGGGGCCUGCGGGCUUGGGCUGGAGCAGUCGGCAGGAUGUGCCCCACCGCCAGCGCUUCCAGAGAUGAUGCCAUUUGAAAGCAUGGGAAGGAUUGAAGGUAUCAUGCUUUGAAUAAGGAGACUUGGAAGGAAGAGUCCCCAAGUAGGGACACCCUGGGGGACUUGUGGGCCUCCUAUGCCACAGUAGGUAAAAUGCAGUGCUGAGUGACAGUAACUCUGUGAAGCUAAAGAGUGGUCGUUCACCUCCUGUGCAAUGGUGUAAGGUGGCUGCACAUGAAGAUGAGAAGACCAAGCUGGUUUUUAAAAGGUACUCGCAAAAUUCUUGCACUGUUUGUGGUUGGAGGGUGCUUCCUUUAUAUCCUCAAAUUACAUUUUGGCCCUGAGGAAUGUGACAGAACAAAAAUGCCGUAUGUGGACCUUGAUCGUGUAAGGAGGGCACAGCAAUUUGCCAGCGCUGCAUUGCAGGAGCAGUGCCGACCUUCUUAUGUGAAGAAGGAAAUGGGGAAGUUGUUUGCAGAGAAAUACAGCGUGGACAUAUCUCCCUUUGUAAGGAAAAAUAUAAAUGAAGAUGAAGCUUUAUUUAAAUAUGAACCUCCAUUUGGAUUUCAGAAGUUCUUUGAUAAACUUAAAGAUCUCCUUGAACUCUUACCUGAGCAUGAUUUACCAGAAGAUUUGAAGUCAAAACAUUGUAAGCGUUGUGUUGUUGUUGGCAGUGGUGGAAUUCUUCAUGGGUCAGAGCUGGGUCACUUACUGAAUCAGUUUGAUAUUGUUAUAAGGUUAAAUGAUGCACCAGUUCAAGGCUACACAGAUCACGUUGGUAACAAAACAACAAUACGGAUGACUUACCCCGAAGGAGCCCCCCUUUCUGAACACGAGUAUCCUCCUGCAAGCUUGUUUGUGGCUGUUUUGUUUAAAAGUGUUGAUUUCAACUGGCUUCAAGCCAUGAUAAAAAAUGAAACCUUGCCUCUGUGGGUGCGACUCUUCUUUUGGAAGGAGGUUGCUGAGAAAAUUCCUUUCACAUCAAAGCAGUUUCGGAUUCUGAAUCCAGUCAUUAUCAAAGAGACAGCUUUAGACAUUUUACAGUUCCCUGAGCCUCGAUCAAAAUUCUGGGGUUGGGAUAAGAAUGUACCUACAAUUGGGGUCACAGCAGUUGUUCUGGCCACACAUUUAUGUGAUGAAGUGAGCUUAGCAGGAUUUGGAUAUGACCUGGAUCAGCCCAGCACACCUUUGCACUAUUACAACAACCUCUGCAUGGCUGCCAUGAAAGAACAAACUAUGCACAAUGUGACGAGUGAGACAAAAUUCCUGCAAAAACUGAUCAAAGCAAAAGUUGUCAAAGACCUCACUGGAGGGAUACACUGUGAAUUCUGCAGCAAAGAGAGCUAGUGACCAACGUGCAGCAUGGAUGGGAUUUGUUACAUUUCCAGAGGUUCAGUUGGAUCAACUCUUUCCCUACCUUUAGUUCUUUAAAGCAUCCAUGGAAUAGAUGUGGAAUCCCUGCUGCCUUUUUUAAUGCCGCGUUCAAGUUGUCGGACUUUUAAGUUAAUUUUCCUGUCAGAUUUUACUUUGCACAUUUCUGUGAAUAGCUAUGUAAAUAUGACUUGGAGUUGAAAGACAUCCAUUUAAAGUAUUUAAUGUUUUAAGUUGUCUGAAUAAAAGCAGAUUGUUUUGUUUUCAGAUGUAUAUGGAGCGCACAUGACUGGCCUGAAUUGUCUAGCAGUAUGCAAGAGUUUUUUCCACUGAUCUGCUGUCUUUGUUGGUCCAGGUCUUGGUGUCUUGACUCCUUUUCAUGUGUGCCAUGAAAAGAAAGGCAUAGGCUUCUUGAGUCUUUCAUGUCUUGAACUUGAGCAUUGCAUUCACCCCUCAAAUAUUUAUAUUCUUUUGCGAAUACAUUUUUUUGGGGGUGAAGGACAGAUGUAGGAGUGGAGUUGAAGGAAAAGGAAUUGUUGUGGCAACAACUGAGUAGUAAGUACUUUGAUGUUCAUGAUUAAUACAUCAAUGGUUUUAAUAUCAAUGUUUUGGGUUAGAAUCCUGCUUUGUGAAGCACAUUUGGGCCCAGGGCACUCUAGAAGAGGAUUUAGCCAAGAGGAGGCUUUAGCCCAAAAGCCAUUUGUCAUUUCUGUUCCUGAAGACCCAUCUAAAUGUUUCCAACUAAAUGAUCUGCAGCAGAGUUCAGCUACCCCAAUUAAAGAAGUGGCAUUAAUACAAAAUCUGCCCUUUAAAAAAAAUUUUUUUUUGAGUGACUCAAUAAUUUCUGGUUCUAUGAAACACUAGUUUGUAUGAAUCAUUUAGCAAUACUAGAAUCUAUGAUUGUAUUACAAUUUCCACUGGUUAGCUUUAUGAUCCUUAAGUAAUUAAUUAUAGAUAUUGUCACCUUAAUAGUUUGCAAUGCUGAUAACCUGUGUGAAGUCCAGUAUUGACUAUUUGAUUGGAGAGGUUGAGUUGUUAGUUUUCUCCCAAGUCAGUAAUUGGGUGAAUGUAUAAGUUAAGAAGAAAAUCACUUUAAGAAAGUAGUAUAAUCUAGUAGCCAGCUAGAUAACUGCUGAAAGCAGCAUAAUUAAAAAACAAAAAGAGAAAAGAAAGCUAUAGCUGUAUGUUCUUGGGGGUGGAAAUCAGUGCACUGCAAAGUCACUGGACUGUGCAAAUCUGUAAGCAAGCUUUAAUGUUAAUUUUUAUUUUGUUAUUAGUAGAGUAUCAGGUAUGACUGUUUGCACUGAGGAGUUGUGUUACUCAAUCUACAGUAUGUGAAAAAGGCUUCCUUUGGGACUGAAAGCUGGUCAGCAAAUCGAUCAAAGGUUGGCCUAGAAACAUUGUUCAUAGUCAGGAACUCUCCACAUGGUGAAUGUUCCCACUUUUCUUUGUUAUGGACAAAGAUAUGAAUGACGUUGUAGUUCCAAGUUUUCAAAAUACUCAAGUGGAAAUGCAAGAUUAGGGUGGUUGUGUUUUGGGUUUUUAUUUCAGGAAGAGAAGAUCUAAUGAAUGAUAAUGUUGGAAUGCAGGAGCAGCAGACUGAUGCUCACUGUUAUACUGAGAGGCAAUAGAAGGACACCAGAUCAUAAAACAUAACUGAAGAAAGUUGUGGACCUCGUCCUUCCUAAAUUCCACAUACCUCUAUGUCCUUGAAAGUCAGUUGUGGGGGGUGAAUAAAUUUGAAAAUCAGAAAUUCUUGUCUCUGUUUGUGUUCAUAGCAAAAAUAUUAAUCUAGCCUCUUCCUCCAUGAAAAGCAUUAAUUUUUAUCCUAGCAAUAAAGUUCUAAUCUGGGGGGGGCGGGGGGGGUUUGUAAGUAUAUUAUUAUUUAAUUUAAAAGUAUUUCAAGUAUGAAGAGUUUUAUACAAAUAGUCCUUUAGUUAAUAUAUUAAAAUGUGGUAACUAUUUUCUUGUGGUAUUUAAACUGGAAGCAGAAUACUUUAAUUUUGUUUAGUAUUAAUGAAAUUUUGGAAGACUUCAGAAUGUGUGUUGGGAGGAUGUCCUGAGUACACCAGAAGUCUGUGUUUCUGAGCACCUGAUCCCUCACCAGUUUGUUUUAUUCAGCAACUUAAUCAGUUGAUUAAUGUAAAUGCCAAUAGCUUUUUGGAGAUGCUGUAUUUACUGUCAAAUUCGCAAGUUGUGUGGAUGUAGGAUUAGAUUUCCUACCUGUUUUAUGGCUUGUGAUAAAACCUUGUUCUCCAUGGUAGUCUGUGCAGACUCGACACUCUGUGUAAUGGCAGUAAAAAGCAAUAAAGUGAUGAAACCACUUUCUAUUUA